UCCUUGUGGUUGCAAAAGGGUGCGCCAUCUUUGUCAUUUAAUCACUCAUUGUUUUGUGGCUCUCCUUGUUUACUUACUAAAGUAUGCUCAUGCUAUUUUCUACUGAAUAGUAGAAGAACGGGAAGAACGUAGAACAACCCGGCAAGUAUCAGUAUAUUUUCCAAAGAAAAAUUCCAAAGAAAUGAAAAAGAAACUUCUGUAAUUCAACCUGAGACCUUUCGAUAGGUGAUCAGAUACAGCACUGCAUUUUACUCUUGUCCACAAACCUACCUGUCAGGCUGGACCAGUCCAAAACGAAAACUGUGAGCAGCUGUGAAGGUGAGAGAGAGAGAGAGAGAGGAACAGUAGGAUGGUGACCUUGUGUCUGAGCAGCUCACCGAUCUGUCAGCUGCACAGAAUGUCUGGAAUCUAAGUAACAAGGAGUGGAAGAGUUAAGACGAGUGAGAUGACAUGUAAGGGAGGGAACACGCGAAGAGCUACAGGUCCUGAGAGCUUAUGACUAAUACUGCAGCCUGAGAGAUGAGACAUGCUACCCGGGAGGUGAGUUUUACGCUGUGUUGAUUUUUGUAUAUUCAUAUUUUUCUUCGACUUAUUUUGAUAUUCUCCUUACUUUCUUAUGUCAACACGAGCUGGUUGACAAGACUGCUGAAGAACGUGAAAUGUGCUCAGAACUGAACUUGUGAACCCUGAACAGGUGCGUUAUCUCAGGAACUCAUCAUCAAGAUUGUCACAAACGUCGAGAUAAGGUGUGUUCUGGGCAGCUAUUCUCGACAUGGAAAUACUGUGACUUUUUGUCAAAGGGAUGAAUGAAAUGAUCAUUUUAACUAGAUUGAAAGGUGACAUGAACUGGCUCCGAAUAGUCUUGUUGUCACACAGCUGUCAUUAGUGGGAACUUUGAUCCUCCCAGAGACACGCACCUGGCUGCGAUCAUGUCAAACUCCCAAGAGCAGAGCCUGGAUGAGGAUGCAGUGUUCCUGCCGGUGAAUGAGUCCUCCCCAGAGUUCCUCCAUUGUGAGAAGGAGCGUCAAGCAGUGGAAAGACUCCUAAAUGCAGGACCUGAGGCCUUCUACAGCUCCAUUGGCACAGAGCACGCCGGCGGCUUCCUGUCUUCUGAAGAGGUCAGCCAGAUAUCAGGCUGGGCUCAGGACUAUCGCUUUAACUCGCUGCAGGUGCAAAGAGAGGUGAAUAGAGAGGAUGGCAGCUCAGAGAUGGAGGACUUCUGUUCCACCUACUUUCCUUCCUACUCAGACACACCAGCCCCGAAUCUAGACAUUGGCUGGCCUGAAACAAGCCUGUGGGUGCCGAAGGGGAACGUUACAGUACACACCAGUCCUCCUGCUGAGGGGGAGCCUCCUGUCAGAGAGAUCAUCAGACGGCACUUGCAAAAAGCCAAACAAGUAAUUGCCAUUGUGACAGACAGAUUGACAGAUGGUGCAAUAAUUGGUGAUUUACACAAUGCUGCCUCCCGGGGUGUCCCUGUUUACAUCAUCUUGAACCAAAGGUCCAUUCAGGAGAGCUUCACGCUCAACAGGCUCAGGCAUCCGAAUAUGCGGGUCCGUGUUCUUGGAGGGAAAACCUUUUGUUCGAGGACGGGAAGAAUGGUGGUUGGGGAAAUGAAAGACAAGUUCCUUCUGGUGGAUUUAGACACAGUGAUUCACGGCAGCUACAGCCUCACAUGGACAGACGCCCACCUGCACCGGCAGCUGAUCACGGUUCUGAGCGGCCCAGUUGUUGACUCAUUUGACAGGGAGUUCAGGAUCCUUUUUGCUGCUUCACUCCCCGUUCCAGACACUUGGAGGGUUGCAGGUAUUCGUGUUGACGAUGCUCAUCAGCUGAAAGACCUCUCAAAUCUCAGGUUUCAAAAACCUCUCCCAUUGGAGCCUGAAAUUACCAGCCCUCCAUCCCCACCUGCUGAUUCCCUCCUGGACUGGGAGGCCAUGGGGGUUAUCCAGAGAGAACGCUGCUUCCCAGACAGUCCUCUUAAUCAACCUGAGGAAAUUGUGGCCAAGGAAAUGCCAUUGCAGAAAAACAUGCUGUUUGAUAAAAGCACACCCAUUAAGGACGGUUUUCCUAACAAUGGAAACCAAUUUUGGUAUAAGAGAAGGUUAAGUGAUAACAUCUCCCCUGUGACAAACAAUGUGCCGGAUAAAUCAACAACUUUCAAGGUGGAACGCAUGAUACAGAAAAAUCUUUCCAGGCAACUCUCCAUAGAGAAGAGCACCAACUUAGAUGACAGAAGAAGAGUUGAUGAUAAAGCUACAGAGCCAGCAAACAAUAUGCCCAUAUUUUCUUCUACUAAGAGGAGAGAGCACUCAAAGAGGGAGCCCAUUUUGGAAGAGGAAAACAGCAAAAAAACAAGCUCAAAAAUGGAGAACACACCAUCUUCUAGAAAACCUUUAAUCCUGAGGGUGCCGCAGUCUGAGAGCUUCAGCUCUCUGAGUGACAUUAUGAAGAAAAUUCACCCUCAGCCGAGCUCUUCUGGGCUGCUCAAGAGAGGAUCAAAAGCUGCUGUGUCCGAAAUGAGCCAGUCGAUGAUGGACCUGAGCGUACACACAGAUACAAAUGAUGAGAGAGCAGUGCCAAGGUUUAAAGCCGGUGGCUUUGAUCCGGGUCAUAUGACACCUGCUUUUGCCCUGAUGAAGAAGAGGAACGAUGACGUGAAACAUCUAUUGUACAGAACUCCAAAAAACUUUAUGCCCAGAGAGAGGCCCCGCAGCUCCAGUUAUGCCCUCAAAAUGGACUGGAGGAGGUCACUGGCAGAGAAAGAAGGAGAACAGGAAUGAGGAGCGAGGAAAUCAGAAAUAUUAGCAUUGAGCACAAUGUUCAGUAAUAACGUCUUCUGUCACUGACGAAUGGCAGCUUCUAGCAGUGAGUGGUUAUGACCUCUGUAGUGUUUGUUAGGAUGUAUAUAAACUAGUUCUGUCUGUUCAUUUAAUGUCCCACUGAAUUUUAUGAUUAUAUGUUUCACUGUAUACUCCAUACAUUGUGUUUGAUGCAAUGCUUUACUUCUGAAUAUGUUUAAAUAAAUUGUUCUGUUAAUGUUGAAUGGUA